GACCGAAAACAAAAAAGCUUUUUCAUUUUCUCUAAAUAUAUAUUACUACUACUACCACUAGAGUACUUAUAUAAGAAUAGAAAGAUUAAGAAGGAUGAUGAUAAGAGUGGGAUCACCAAUAUAUCGGGGUUGUUUACAUACCAAAUCAUCCAUUAAUUAUCAUCAUCAUAAUAAUAAUAAUUCCUCAUUAUCACCAUCAUUAAAAAGUUUCAUUUCUGUUCCAUCAAUAUUAACUAAUAAAAAGCAUCAUCAUAUGUCCAUGGUUUCAGCAGCAGCAGCAGCUUCUUCUUCUUCUUCUAAUGGAUCAUCACCAUCUUCUUCUUCUUCCUCUUUGGGUGAGGUGGGUCGUGAUUCAUUCCUAAGAAGUGUGCUUUCAAGCAUAGAACAAGUAUAUUUGAACCGGAACCCAACUGCUAACGCGAUCUUGGAACUUGUCCGAUCAUCUACAUCGACAUCUGCUAAUGAUUCUGAUAAUGUUAAUAAAAUCUGCUAUGAUCAUCUUGCAUUUAGGACAUUUGGGGUAAAUGGUUAUGGGAUCGAGUCUAUGUCAAAGUUAUUCCUAGACUAUGGUUAUACUCAACGUGAGGAGUUGUCAUUUCCUAAAAAGAAGUUGAAGGCAUUUUGGUUUUCGCCGCCUCCUUCUAGAAGCAAUUCCAAUGGUGAUACAGGCAGUGGAAUUCAUGGACCGUUGCCUAGAGUUUUUAUCUCUGAGCUUCUUGUAGAUCAAAUGAGUCUUGAAGUGCAGGAAAUAAUACAUAAAUACAUUGGGCUAUCGGGUGCUGGACAUAAACAUAGUGCCCUUUCAAGUGCUCUUGGUUGUUUGACAUGGCCAAAACCAUCACAUUCAGAAUUCCAAAAAUUAGCAAGAGAAAGCGAGUAUGCAGCAUGGACUUUGGUCAACGGAUACGCUUUGAAUCAUGUCACGAUAUCCAUCCAUAGGCUGAAAUCUCCCUUGAACAACAUCGACAACCUUAACCACUUCAUUGAGGACAACGGCUUCAAGCUGAACUCUGAAGGGGGUGUUUGCAAGGUGAGCCCAGAUGGCCUACUGCUUCAAAGUUCAACGGUUGCAGAUUCAAUACCGUUUGAAUUUUCUGAUGGUGUCAAAGACUCGGUCCCUUGUUCCUACAUUGAGUUUGCACAACGUCUCGUGUUGCCACAAUACAAACACUUGCCUGAAGAUAAGAUUGAGGAGGUUCAUCGACGAGAUGGAUUUGAGGUGGGGAACGCCGACAAAAUAUUUGAGAGCACAUCAAAGGAACAGUUAACUAGAAAAGCUUAAAUUGUUGUUGAUCAAGAAUCAUGCGUGUAAUUAAUUAGAAUAAACUUGAAGCAGAUGUUUGUUAUUGCAAGUAAUUGAAGUCUAAAUUGUGUCUGCAUAUGAAUACAAAUUCGAUCAAUCGCUUAGAUGGCGAGUCCUAGUGUUUCCCUUAAA